AUGUCCACCCCGAUGACCUCAGAUCAGCAUGCAUAUUUGUUGCACACUAUGGUUGCGACUAUGGAGAAACAAGCGCUGUUACUCGAGCAAUUCCAAAGGUCGAAACAGCUAUUGAAAAUCAAGUUAGAGAGUGUGAAGCCUCUAACGUAUGGGGGUAGAUUGGAUGAAUCAUUCCAACUCUACAAGGAGCAAGUGGAGCAGUACUUCUUUGCAAGAGGAGUGAACUGGGAGAUUCAGGAAAUUUCUCAAAGAAUACUCGCCGACUUAGGUGGGACACUAAAGAAAGGAGCCGCUAAGUGGUAUAUGAUGCAAAAACAAUAUGACACAAACGUGGAAGAUUUCUUUAGCAAAGUCGGAAGAGAAUUCGUUCCUGCUGAUUUGCAAGAACGUCUGCGCGAAGAUAUCAACAAUAUGUGA